UGGUGGCAAUUACAUCACCUGCAGUUACUUCAUCGAGCAAAAACGUAUCCUCGAGUAAGAAUUAAAAAAAAGGAUGGACCACCGUAGAAGACGUAUCUGGAAGGCCUGGGGAAAGCCCCCGAGCCUCAGCGGCACCCGCGUGCUGGCCAGCAAGACCGCGCGGAGGAUCCUCCAGGAGCCGGCCGAGCCGAAAGCCCAGGCCCCCGCCCCCGGCGCGCAGGAGGAGCCGCUGCUGCGGGAGAACCCCCGCCGCUUCGUGGUCUUCCCCAUCGAGUACCAGGACAUCUGGCAGAUGUACAAGAAGGCCGAGGCCUCCUUCUGGACGGCCGAGGAGGUGGACCUCUCCAAGGACCUGCAGCACUGGGAGGCCCUGAAGGCCGAGGAGCGGUACUUCAUCUCCCACGUCCUGGCCUUCUUCGCGGCGAGCGACGGCAUCGUCAAUGAGAACCUGGUGGAGCGGUUUAGCCAGGAAGUUCAGAUCACAGAGGCCCGUUGCUUCUACGGCUUCCAGAUCGCCAUGGAGAACAUCCACUCGGAGAUGUACAGCCUGCUCAUCGACACCUACAUCAAGGACCCCAAGGAGAGGGAGUUCCUCUUCAACGCCAUCGAGACGAUGCCCUGCGUCAAGAAGAAGGCGGACUGGGCCCUGCGCUGGAUCGGGGACAAGGAGGCCACCUACGGAGAGCGCGUCGUGGCGUUCGCCGCCGUGGAGGGCAUCUUCUUCUCCGGCUCCUUCGCGUCCAUCUUCUGGCUCAAGAAGCGAGGCCUGAUGCCGGGCCUCACGUUCUCCAACGAGCUCAUUAGCAGAGAUGAGGGCUUGCACUGUGACUUCGCCUGCCUGAUGUUCAAGCACCUGCUGCACAAGCCUUCGGAGCAGAGGGUGAACGAGAUUAUCACCAACGCCGUUCGGAUCGAGCAGGAGUUCCUCACCGAGGCCUUGCCGGUGAAGCUCAUCGGGAUGAACUGCACUCUGAUGAAGCGCUACAUUGAGUUCGUGGCCGACAGGCUCCUGCUGGAGCUGGGUUUCAGCAAGGUUUUCCGAGUGGAAAACCCGUUUGACUUCAUGGAGAACAUCUCCCUGGAAGGGAAGACCAACUUCUUCGAGAAGCGGGUGGGCGAGUACCAGAGGAUGGGCGUGAUGUCCAGCCCCACGGAGAACUCCUUCACCCUGGACGCCGACUUCUGAGGGUCCUCUUUCCGCUUGUUGUUGUGUGUAUGUUUUCCCUUUUCAAAAAAACACAAAAAAAUUAGUUGACUAAGUCUCAUCAACUAGCUGCAGCAUUAACAUUCAUUAGUGACAUCUUUGAAACUGUAGCUGCCCCAGCAGGAGCCCACGUGUUCGUGGUCUCAGCUAGAGGGGAACUCGGCAAAGCUCCUCGGAGCCUCUGGAAGCUCCUGUCCGUGUCUGACCAGCAGGCAGGCGGCCGGGACCUCACGGUGGCUCCUAGCAGCUCCGCGGGGACACGGGCGGUCUGGUCCGCAGGUUAAGCAUUCAGUUUCCGACCACGCGGCCCCGGGAAGCUGUCAGCCGCGCUGCUUCCAAGCAGAUUGUAAGUUUACUUAUUUGUACAGAAUAUUGGCACUUUACCCACCCAUAAGCAAAGCUUGUCCUGCCUGCAUCCAGGCCCUGGCGUGAGGAGCUGGCACCAAAUGCAAAGCCUUCUGCUGACCCCUGCGGGAGCCACUCAUCACCAGGUGACCCGGAGGAGUGAGCUGUCACCUGGGCAGGUUUCUCUGUUUUACUCUCUUUAAUGAAGGGAGGUUCCUGUUCAUCGACUUUAAGUUCAGUCCGGUGCCUACCUGAGCGGGAGCCAGCUGCCGCCGCGGAGGAGCUGGGUUGCGUUUUGUAUUCUGAGCCCAGGCUGUUUCGUGGGGGUAGAGAUAGAGGGGAGGGGACUUCUGACUUCAGUCACUGGGCCCUGCAGGGGGGUCGGUGCUGACGGCCGGGCACCUGGCCGGGCACUGGCUGGGGGUGUGGUGGUUGGCGUCCUUCACUUCUCAAACCUCCAGCUGCAUUUCCUUGACUUCGACCCUUGAGGGCUGACAGCUGGGGGCUAGGAUAGGACUAAAUUGACUUUCACAUUGCCCUUGGACGGGGAUCGACUAAGACGGCGCUCCGAUGAAGUGGUAAAACCAGGGCUGAAGGCGGCUUUCCCAAACUGGUGUUUCCAAAGAUGGUUUGUUUGAGAAGCGAGUACCAGCCAGCAGGCGUGCAUCAGUCCUGUGGCCCAGUUGUUAACGGGGGGGGCGGGGGGUCAGUUGGCCACGGGCCUGUACCAUUGUUCGUUUUCGCCAUUUGUAUAAAUCCACUUAAUAAAUUUAUGU